AUGUCUACGAUUGCUGUUGCUGGUCUUGGUGAUGUGGCUAAAUAUGUUGUUGAAGAAUUGAAUGCUUUACGAUCACCUCCAAAAAUUGUAUUAUUAAGUCGAGAAAUUCGUUCAUGGUUUGAUCAACAACCAAAUACUAUUUUUCGUAUAACUGAUUAUUCAGUUGAAUCAUUAACAAAACAUCUUACCGACGUUGACGUUCUUAUAUCAUUAAUUCAUUCAAAUGAUCGAUUUUAUAAUGAUGUUCAUGAAGCAAUGAUCAAGGCGUGUCAAAACUCAUCACGAUGUAAACGAUUUAUUCCAUCUGAAUGCGGAGGUGAUAUUGAAAAAUUUCCUCAACAUCCUGAAUUUUAUGUUCCAACACAUGGUGCUAUUCGUAAAUUAUUAGAAGAACAAAAUGAAAUUGAAUAUACUUUAUUUAAUCAAGGAUGGUUCAUGGAUUAUUUUAUUCCUGCAGAUCGAUCUUAUAUGAAACGUAUUUUACCUAUAUGGCCAUUAGAUCUUGAAAACGAAACACUUCGAAUUCCUGGCACAGGUAAUGAACCAAUUACAUUUACCGCGACUUCUGCCAGUACUGUCACACAUCGUGAAUGUGAAGUAGCCGAUCUGUUGUGCAGUGUGCUGGAAUCAAUUACUAGCAGUCACUCCCACACCUUCGAAGUCGAAACAACUCUUGAUCAUGAAUUAGUAGAUAACGAAUUGAUUGAUGACGUCGAGUGCGAAGAUACUGCUGAAGAAGCGUCGGAUCCCAACUGGAACGAUGAGAAUGAAGAUGAGAAUGAAGAGAAAGCGUUAUGUAAACGAUUUUCCCUCGAUUACAUGACCAAGGCAGUCGAAUUCUAUGACGAAAUUAAUCCACAAACUGGAAAAAGAAAGAGACGAUGGGAGACCGUGAAGCAUAAGUUCCGACGUAUCCCACAUCAAAUAUAUCUCUCGCGCUUUCGCCGUUAUCUUGAAAAACAUGGCACCAAAAAACAGAAGCUUGACAAAAUUGAUGAUUACGUGUUCGAUAUGUUCGAGCGGGCUCGACAGAAAGCCCUGCCAGUACACGAUCUUGAUCUACGACGAUGGGCUCUAAAACAGGCUAUGGAUGAGUCCUUACACAAUUUUGCCGCUUCCAAACAUUGGUUGUGCACUUUUAAACACAAGCAUAAUAUUGUCUCGCGCAAGAUAACGAAGAUUGUGACGAAACAUCAUGUGGAAGAUGAAGGGACGAUCAGAACUUCGGCCGAUCAGUUCGUAGCUGAUGUUCGCAGACGCUUACCUCAGUACCAAGAACACGCGGUUCUAAACACCGAUCAAAGCGGAAUCCAGCUCGAAUUUCACUCUACACGAACAUUGAGUCAUCAAGGGGAGAAAGUAACAACUGGAUCUGUUCGCUCUGUGAAUGCUACCACGCACAGCUAUACAGCGCAGCCCACAAUCACACUUGACGGCUACCUCCUCUCGCCGCUUUACCUCUGUCUGAAGGAGCCCACAGGUCGUCUGAGCGACAAUAUUCGCUUACGUCUUUUCAAGGCAUCGAAUGUGGUGAUCACUUGCAGCAGUUCUGGAAAGCUCACAACAUCCUUGGUCGAAUACUGGCGCGAUCAUGUCCUCCUCCCGUCACUGGGAAAACAUCAAAAGUUCCUACUGAUCUCGGACUGUUGGCCUGGACAGACAGAUGGAAAGGGAUUAUAUGAUCAUAUACCAGGAUGCACAAGGCUAGAGAUACCGAAAAAAACGACGGAUCAAAUUCAACCACUGGAUGUUUUUUUCAACAGACAGAUGAAAGUGAUUCCUCGUCGGUUAUACGAUCGUGUGCUACUCGAUGAACUUGACAUCAACAUGAGCGAACGGAAUAACAUCAUUUGUCUCAUGUCUCUCACUCACAACCAACUAUCUGCCAAGGUAUUUCGUUCGAUGAUCCAAGGACAAUUAUUUAUUAAACGUAUUUUUUUAUGUACAUUUAUAUUAUGGCUCUUAGGUGUUUUUUUGGGCUUUAUAUUUAUGUUUUUACCACGAAAUGAACAGACUAGUGUUACUUCUAUUGGUUUUAUUGAUGAAACAAGUUCGAUUAUGAUGACUCUAAAUUAUGAUACAAAUAUUUCAAGUAAUAAUUCAUUAGAAAUUACAAAUCUACCAGGACUUGCUGAUCAAAUUGCUAAAACAUACAGUAUCUCUCGAAAUAUGGUGCGAAUAUUUUCAGCUCGAUUUAUUCAAAGUCUCAUUUUGAAACGAAGAAAACGACAAAGCACAUCAAUCACUAAUGAUACAAAUAUUCAAAUGAAAACCGUAUUGAUAAUUGAAGUUGAAUUAAUCUAUCCACAUUCAUGUAAUCAUGUUAAAAUAUGUCAUGAUCGCUAUAUAACUGGUAUUCUUAAUACGAUUCAAAGAACUAGUUCAUCUGUUGCUUUUACAAUAUCACUUAGUAACAAUAUUACUUUAAAUCUUGUUGUUACUUUUCAAUCAUUUGAUCGAACAACAUCGACUACAACGGCAACAUCUACAAUACCCACAACUAUCACAUCAACAACAACAGCAAUAACACCAACAUCUACAAUACCCACAACCAUCACAUCAACAACAACGACAAUAACAACAACCACCACAUCAACAACAAUGACAACAACAACCAUCACAUCAACAACAACGACAACAACAACCACAACAAUAAUUCCAGGAUGGGCACUCGCAACCGGUCUUCGAGUUCAACGAGCUGCUCAUGCAGACUUACUCUUAACAGAUGGGAAAGUAUUAGUUAGUGGUGGAUUUCAUGCAACUGAUACUCUGAGGUCUACUGAAAUAUAUGAUCCCGUAAAUAAAACAUGGAAGGAUACAGGAAUUACGGCUGAAAAACGACGUUAUCAUACAAUAGUCCUGUUAAAUAAUGGAAAUAUAUUGACUGUUGGCGGACUUAAUAGUGUGGGGUCUUAUCUUGCCAGCACUGAGUUACUUAAUUUAAUAUCAAAUUCUUGGAGUUUAACAGGAACAAUGGCACUUUCGCGAGCUUUUCAUACAACAACUAAAUUGGCAGAUGGCAAUGUUUUAGUUGCUGGUGGACGCUAUAGCAGCUUUACUAAUACUGCUGAACUGUAUAAUUCAACAACCGGUACUUGGACCUUUACAGGAAAUAUGACUGGUUUACGAAUAGGACAUAUAGCAGUGUUAUUAACAAAUGGAAAAGUUUUAAUUGCUGGUGGGUUAAGUAGUGCCACUACUUUUCUUAAUACUGCUGAAUUAUAUGAUCCAAUAACAGGAACUUGGACAGCGACUGCUACCAUGAAUAAUGCACGAAAUCAGCCUUCGGCACAUCUGUUAAUGGAUGGAAAAGUAUUAGUUGUUGGUGGACAAAAUAGUCUUGCUGCUGCUCUUAAAACUGCUGAAAUAUAUGAUCCAACAACAGGUAUUUGGACAAUGGUAAGUAAUAUGACUAUGGCAAGAUAUAUACCUAGAGGAUCUGUAUUGAAAAAUGGAAAAGUACUGAUUACUGGUGCAACUAAUGAGAAUGGUACUUUCCUUAAUACCGCUGAAUUAUAUGAUCCAAUAACAAAUACUUGGACAAUGAAACAAAGUAUGAGUGUAGCACGAAAUCUACAUACGUCAACUGUUUUAGAAGAUGGAAGAGUAAUAGUUACUGGUGGAGGUGAUGGUGUUAAUAUUUUUUCUAGCGUUGAAAUAUAUACAUAUGGAGAUUAA